AUGCAACUCGUUCGACCUCUUUUUUUCGGAUUUCCGAAAAAUUUCCUCUCGUCCAGACGACAUCGUUGUCCCCACAACCUGCCGCAAGACCACCUCGAGAUCCCACGAGACGAGCCGGUGCACGCGGUGACCUCGUAUCGCGAGGAAUUCGACGAGAAACGCGUGGACAGGCAGACGGUGUACCAUCACGAGGACCACCUUCGGAUGGAAGGAGAGUUCAUCGGCGAGAGAAGGACAGACUACGCGGCGUCGAGAGGCGAGAGGCCAACGGUGAGGAAACCGCAGGAUAACUUGAAGCCAGAAGGCGAGUUCAUCGGGCGACCGAAGGAGCAAGCGCCGAAAUAUGGGGAUCGAGCUGCCGUCAGAAGACCGCAGGAUAAUCUCAGGCCAGAGGGCGACUUUGACAGUGAAAGCACCGCCGUGAUCAGACGGGACGACAAUUUGAGGACGGAAGGACCGUUCGACGGAGUGCCUCACACUAAGGACGACUACGUCGUGCCGGCGAUUACCAAGAGGCCGGAGCCGCAGAAACCCAAGGACAAUUUGCGGCCCGAAGGGCCGUUCGAGGCCAGACCGAAGGACGAUUACAAACCGACCAGAGGCGAGAGAGCCGACGUAAAGAGACCGCAGGACAACCUGAAGCCCGAGGGACCGUUCGAAGGACGUCCAAAGGACGAUUUUACGCCGAAAACUGCGGAAAGACCAGAAGUAAGAAAGCCUCAAGAUAAUUUGAGACCAGAAGGACCGUUCGAGGGACGUCCAAGGGACGAUUUCAUGCCGAAAACAGCGGAAAGACCAGAAGUAAGAAAGCCUCAAGAUAAUUUAAGACCAGAAGGACCAUUCGAAGGACGUCCUAAGGACGAUUAUAAACCGACUAGAGGUGACAGAGCUGACGUCAAGAGGCCCGAAGACAAUCUGAGACCAGAAGGACCGUUCGAGGGGCGUCCAAAGGACGAUUUUACGCCGAAAACUGCGGAAAGACCAGAGGUGAAGAGACCUCAGGAUAAUUUGAGACCGGAAGGACCAUUCGAAGGACGUCCUAAGGACGAUUAUAUACCGACCAGAGGAGAAAGAGCUGAUGUUAAGAAGCCUGAAGAUAAUUUAAGACCAGAAGGACUGUUCGAGGGACGCCCAAAAGACGAUUUUACGCCGAAAACUGCGGAAAGACCAGAAGUAAGAAAGCCUCAAGAUAAUUUGAGACCGGAAGGACCGUUUGAAGGACGUCCCAAGGACGAUUAUAAACCGACCAGAGGAGAAAGAGCUGAU